CUUCUGUAUUUUCUGAGGAUCCUUUGUAUAGAAGGAGAGGUGAAUAUGCAAGAUGAUCUUCAGGGUGAAGACGAGAUACAGGCCCCAACUCAACACCACCCAAUGAGGAAUAUUUUGUACACAACGUCAGACGCCCAUGAAGACAAAUUUCUUGGUGCAGAAACCAGUAAGUUACCUCAAUAUUGUCUACACCUGCCACCCUGCAAGAGGCCUCUGCAUCAAGAUUUGAUGGAAUGUCGGAAUUCCUCCUCCAUCUCACGUUCCCAUGUACCUUCCGCCUUUGCUAGUAACCAUUUGAUGACCACAGGAUGUACCGAAAGGAAAAGAGCCAUGAAUGUUUACUACAUGCGUGUCCUAACCAGAAGGGGCGUCGCUAUCUUUGAGGAUCCAUCUGGAGAAUUGCAGCCUCCCCCAAAAAGGAUAAGCAUAGCCAAACUUACCUUUCCUGAGAGGAUUCCUCCAAAAGUUACCCUCACUGACGAUACACAGCACGUCCUAACUAACAGUGAAGUCCAAGAGGAAUGGGAACAGGCUGAGAGUGCAGCAGAGCCUCUGGCUCAGGAGGCCCGUCCCAGCGCUAAAUCACGUCCAUGGCUGGAGGACCUAGAGAGGGGCUUCAGGUGCAUGGGCUGCUGCAGGGUCUUCCGCACUUUGGAGAUCCUUCUGAAACACGUGGAGUGUGGCGUUGAGGAGGGCUUUUCCUGCCUUACUUUCCACCUUGCCUUUGCCAGGCUGCGGAGAAAAUACAAGAAGGAAAGAAAGAAGAUUGUUAAGGAUGGAGAAUGGCCAUAUUAG